AUGGGCGCCUCCAAAGAUGAUAUCGAGGCUGUCACGCCAAGCUUGGAUUCGCCAAGCGUCGAGGACAAGGGAGUUUCGACCGCUGGCGUCGAUGAGGCUCGCCUGCUCCGCAAGAUCGAUCUAAGAGUCAUGCCGAUGCUUUUCAUUAUAUAUCUUGUCGCGUUUUUGGACAGAGUUAACAUCUCCAAUGCCUUGACUCUCGGUCUUACGACCGACUUGAAGCUCACUGGUGAAAUGCCCAACACCGCAUUGGUCGUCUUCUACGCCCCAUACAUUCUUUUCGAAAUUCCAUCCAACGUUCUCAUGAAAAGGUUCAAUCCCCACGUGUGGCUGUCAGGAUGUAUUACUGCUUUUGGCAUCGUCAUGUUGGGUCAGGCCUUUGUCAAGAGCUACGGUGGUCUAAUUGCGACGCGAUUUUUCCUGGGUUUCGCCGAGGCCGGUAUCUUCCCAGGAAGUUUCUAUCUGAUCAGCUUUUGGUACAAGCGUGAAGAAGCCCAGAAGCGUUUCACCAUCUACUGGUCAUCCGUCAUUCUGGCUGGCGCUUUUGGUGGUUUGUUGGCCACUGCUAUCUCCCGAAUGGAUGGUCUGCGCGGCAUGGCAGCAUGGCAGUGGAUCUUCUGCUUGGAAGGAAUUGCCUCUAUUCUUGUCGGAAUCGCCGCCUACUUCUUCGUGACCGAUUUCCCCAAGGAAGCCUCGUGGUUGACCCCCGAAGAAAAAGCCUUCCUCACGGAAAAGACUCGCAGCGAUGAGUCACACGUUGCCCCUGUUACUGUCAAAGAUGUCGUACACUAUCUCAGUGACAUCAGAUCUCAUCUUGGUGCCAUUAUGUAUUUCACGAUUGUCGUCCCCAUUUAUGCCUUCUCCUACUUUGCCGCGACCAUCAUCAAGGCAUUAGGAUAUUCCACAGUGGAAACCCAAUUGCACACUGUUCCACCUUUCGCAGCGGCAUUUGCUUACGCUCUUAUCAUUGCCAUCUGGUCUGACCGUGUCAAACUUCGUUUCCCUUUUAUUUUGGCAUCGGAUGCACUGAUCAUUGUCGGUGUCGCGUUGAUGUUACAUUACCAUGGAAAGAACCACUUUUCUGCGGAAUAUUGCGGUAUUGUCUUCAUUACCAUGGGUGCCUUUGGCGGUGGUGCUAUUAUCGUUUGCUGGAUCUUGAUGAAUCUCCAUGGUCACGCUCAGCGUGGUAUUGGCUCAGCGUGGACGAUUGGCUUCGGUAAUGCCGGAGGUAUCGUCGCUGUCUUCCUUUUCUUGUCCAAAGAUGCUCCUAAUUACACCAUGGGAUACUGGGUCUUGAUUGGCAUGGUCCUCCUUGGUGUUGUAUCAACCUUCGCGUACGGUGGGUUGAUCUGGCACGAGAAGCGCCAGGCCUUGAGGAGCGGCAACAUCGAAAAAGCCAACUCUUUGUCCUACUAA